AGGUCACGUGGAACAGGGUGAAGCAGCGCCCAUUGCCAGUACCGGCGGCGGCGGCCGCGACGGCGCCGGAAGCGGAAGCACAAGAGCAUCCGGUACUAAGAGCAUGGCGUCCGUGGUGCUGAGCGAGGCCGAGAAACUCUACAUCGUGCAUGGCGUCCAGGAGGACCUUCGUGUAGAUGGUCGUGGCUGUGAAGACUACAGAUGUGCAGAAGUAGAAACAGAUGUUGUAUCAAACACAAGUGGAUCUGCAAGAGUAAAGCUGGGACACACUGAUAUCUUGGUUGGUGUAAAAGCUGAAAUGGGGACGCCAAAGUUGGAGAAGCCGGAUGAAGGUUACCUGGAAUUCUUUGUUGACUGUUCUGCAAACGCUACUCCUGAAUUUGAAGGCCGUGGAGGAGAAGAGCUUGGCUCAGAGAUAGCAAGUACACUCUACAGUGUGUUUAGCAGCGGGAGCACUAUAGACUUGAAAUCACUUUGUAUUAAUCCCAGAGAGCACUGCUGGGUUCUCUAUGUUGAUGUAUUGUUACUGGAAUGUGGAGGGAACCUCUUUGAUGCAAUUUCUCUUGCAGUGAAGGCAGCUCUGUUUAAUACAAGAAUCCCCAAAGUGUGUGUCCUGGAGGAUGAAGAAGGCUCUAAAGAGAUUGAGUUGUCUGAUGACCCUUAUGAUUGUAUUCGACUUAACGUGGAUAACGUGCCCUGCAUUGUCACGUUAAGUAAAAUUGGAUAUAGGCAUGUGGUGGAUGCUACCCUUCAGGAAGAAGCCUGUUGUUUGGCCAGCCUUCUUAUUUCUGUGACCAGUAACGGCGCCUUCACUUCUAUGAAGAAAGUGGGAAAAGGUAGCCUUGAUCCUGAGAGUAUCUUUGAAAUGAUGGAGACGGGGAAAAGAGUAGGCAAAUCAUUGCACAUAGCCCUUCAGAAGAUUUUGGAUGAAGAAGAGAGUUUGGGGACCUCACGGCAGAAAGUUGGAUUUCUAGGAUGAGUUUUUAUUAAAUGCUAAAAACUGUUUUUAAUUGUUUGUGCAAUCUUGUGAAUUUGUAUAUAGAAAAAGAAUAUUUUUUUGUUCCAGUACCUUUAUCCUUCUGGCUAAGAGGCUUUAAAAAUGUUACUAAGCUUAAAGAAAGCUACUGUUAAAUGUGAAUAGGCAAAUCUGAGAUCUUUUCCAUAUGGAUAACUGUCCACACCUAGGAAACACACCAGCAGGAAUUGAUGCAGUUGCCUGAGAAGUGCUUGAGUCUGUUUCCAAGAGCGACUGGUGUAAGUUCUGCUUGAUUCUGUUUGCCUGUGUUCCACUUCUGCAGACCAGCUGCUGUGUUCUGGAGCAUGUGUGGGAAUAGCUUUGGUACAGCACAAGCCAGGUUUUGGGCCUCUUGGAAUUUUUAUUUUUGCUCACCAGCCAAAUGAGAAGUUUGUGGAGAUCUGUCUUCAAAUUGUCUUUAUUUUCUUUGAAUAAAAUGUGGUUAGUUUUUACUAUAAAUACAACAUGGUCCAAUGUUUCUAAUUCAUAUUUUAAACCAAGAUGUCUUUGCUUACUAGAGCUCUGCCUAUCCCUUUUGCUAACAGGUAUAAUGGUAAACUAGCCAAAACCUCUCACAGUGCCUAAGGAGAAGGGGCAUGGCUAAGGUAGAAGGGAAAAUAAGUUAAUUUUUUAGGAAUUUAUUAAUUCAGCUAGAAAAACAGUGGCUUUCAGUAAUGAUUCUUCACAGGGAAAGACAGAAGAUGGCAGAUAAGGUAUGCUAUCAAGGUGUAUUGCUGGAUCUUCAAAGCUGUGGAUUCCCUCCACACAUCUGUUGGCUGGCCCAGCAAAGAGUAAGACCUGUUUAUUUGUCAGGAUAGGAAGAGACAACAGGUGGAAGAAGUCAAAGGAAAAAGUUGAUUUUCAAGAAGUUGAUACUUCAGCUGCAAGUGUUAAAAGGAUCAUUUUGGCAAAUGUUACUACGGUAAUCUAGGAAUCAUUUAUCUCUUAUUCAAGCAGCGUUUGCUGAACUUCCUGUUUUAGUUUCCUAAUACCAGAUUAAGAACAUUGUCUGGAAUGUGUUUGUUGGGGAGAAGGGAAAGGUUAUUGCUGAAGGUGAGCUGUAGGUAUAGGACAAAACCUAUUACAGCUCAAAUUAAUAAUCAUGAUCACAUGAAAAUAUAUGGUGUACUUAAGAUCCCCAAAUCUUUUCAGCCCCUUUUGUAGAGCUCACUUGCAUAAUUAUUCAAGGUGACUGCGAUACUACUGUGUAUUUGGGAUAUGUGUAGCCAUUACCAUAACAAGCAGGCAGGUUAAAAAAAAAAAAAGAACAAAAAAUAAAUUAUCCCACAGAAUUUGCUCAAGAAGUCUAUUUUGAAGAGGUGGGAUUUCUUCAGUAGCUUGAGUAAUGUGUUAAGUAUAUUGUGAUAGUACUAUGUAGUAAUACAGACAAUGAUGAUAUAUAUGACCUUUAAUCACUCCAGUAGAGUUAUUUUGUGUGAAGCAUAAAAUAACCUGACAUCAGCUUUAGAGCAGCUGCGAUCCAUUCCUUGCCACACAAAGCUACUUGUAUAGAUGUAGAAAGAAAGAAAGAAACUGAAGAGAGAAAACCCACUUUAAACUUAACCACAAGCAGGUUUUGUUUGGUCAUGCAUUGUUUAAUGUUUCAGAAAAUGGUUAAUCUGAAUGAAAGCUGCAAGUCUUAAACCACAGCCAUUCUCUGAAUAGCUCUUGCCUGUUUUAUUACAGAUUUGUGGUUGGAUACUGAAAAACUGCCCAGAGUUACUUCCAGGGUGAAAUUUUUUUACAUAGUAAUAUCAGUGUAUUGCUACAUAGCCUUCCAGCUGAAGGAUCUCCAAACAUUUUGCAAGUUGCAUCAUUCAAGAUACUUCUUGUCCCCUCUCCAGAUCCUUUCAAUUUAAAAUUAAUCGUUAUGAGAGAUGGGGUCAAGUUGGAAGAAACCUCACUGUGUUUCAAGCUUGUUAACUGACACCUCUAUGGAGAUAAAUAUAUUUCCAUUCUCUGUCGUCUUCCUACUAAGGAUGCCAAAUGUUUAGCCCACCUGAGACCUCGGCUAUGUGCUCAAGAUGCCUAAAAAGCAAACUCUUGCUACCAGAGUAUCUGUCUGCUGUCAGCAGAGAAACCAGUGGAGCAGCUG